AACAGCGGACUGGCCAGCGCCUUUAAAUGCACAGCCCCGGGAGUCCCAGUCUCGCUCGGGCGAGCAUCAACAGCCAAUCAGAAGCGGCUUCUACGUCGGGGGCGUGUUUAGGUUCAUCUCCCGCGCCAGCUCCGCCCAAACCCACGAAAGGCAGAUUGCGCACGCGCAGGGCAAGCCGCAGGGGACGUCGGGAGCAGGUCUCCCUGUGCUUAUAUGUGAGAGAUUCCGUAGAGUACUUUUCUAUGAAUGAAAUUGCUGAAUCAAAAGAUGUCCCUUUGAGGACCAGCCUUCCACCACCAUUCAGAAAUUAUAAAUAUGAUAAACUGAAGAUUAUUCACCAAGCACAUAAAUCAAAGACAAAUGAACUGGUGUUGAGUUUGGAAGAUGACGACAGACUCCUGCUAAAAGAAGACAGCACUCUGAAAGCAGCCGGAAUUGCCAGCGAAACAGAAAUUGCAUUCUUCUGUGAAGAAGAUUAUAAGAACUACAAAGCUAAUCCCAUUUCAUCCUGGUGAACAACGGCUCACCUCGGGGCUUCCUCUUUGCAUACCUGUAUUAAGCUCUUUAUUCCACUAGUGAGUUUUUGAAAUUGACAAAUAAAUCUUUAAAAAUUAAUCCCAGGCUCUGCUAUUUGAACUGAAAUUUGGUGAUUUCUCUCUCUUUAGCCAGACUGGACUUCCUUCCUUCCUUCCUUCUUUUGAUAAUAUGAGAAAAAUGUGAUUUUUUUAAGCGAAAAAAAUUGUUAUUGAAUUAGUGAUUCUUUUAGUGG